UUGGACAUAUCCAUAACCUUCGCCGCUUGCGCAUGCGCAGAAGCGCCCGCUGUCAAACGGUCACCGCCAGCAGUCGCGAAGGAAACUCCUCCCUGCUGACAACAAGCUCUCAAGCGCAAUGGUCUCGUGGAUUAUUUCCAGGCUUGUGGUGCUCAUAUUUGGGACCCUUUACCCUGCAUACUCGUCAUAUAAAGCUGUCAAAUCAAAAGAUGUGAGAGAAUAUGUAAAAUGGAUGAUGUAUUGGAUAAUAUUUGCACUGUUCACAACAGCUGAAGCGAUUACAGAUUUAUUCCUGUGCUGGCUCCCAUUUUACUAUGAGCUCAAAAUUGCUUUUAUGGUGUGGUUACUCUCACCAUACACAAAGGGAUCCAGUGUGCUGUAUAGGAAGUUUGUCCACCCGACUUUGUCCUCUAAAGAAAAGGACAUUGAUGAAUACCUGUGCCAAGCAAAGGACAAAAGUUAUGACACCCUGAUGCACUUUGGAAAGAAGAGCCUGAAUGUGGCCGCUACAGCUGCAGUCAUGGCUGCCACUAAGGGCCAGGGUGUGCUAUCAGAUCGCCUUCGGAGUUUCAGCAUGCAUGACCUGACCACCAUAGAGUCAGACGGUCAGGCAAAGAGUUCUGCUUCAGUCACCACUCAGCCUGCAUCGGGUCAGCACAGAGCUCGUGCCAUGAUGCGCAGCAAAUCAGAUGCUGCCUACAGCAAGAGACCAGAGUUUGACAUAACCGAGUUUGAGAUGUUGAAUGUGGAGCAGUUUGCUUCUGUGGAGCCUUCUUCCCCUCUGACCCUCAAACCCACUCCGAUACCAAGAUCCAUCUGCAAUCCAAGCCAGUCUCUUUCACCACCUGAGCUUUUCCAGGACAAACCUGCACCUCCUCCAUCUGAGGCCCCAGAGGUGCCCAAGGACAGUGAAAAAGAGGGGGGCAUCCCAGCCAACUCAGCUCAACUCGGACUACUUAAGAGACGUGCCCCAGAGGUAGCCCCCUCUUUAGCCUCCUCCUAGAGCUUUAAGACCUCUCACCAGAUCCAGAUCCAAGAACACCCUAUCAGCAAACCCUGAGGCCAUGUGACUGUGCAUACGCUGUGAGACUGCUUUAGCUGCCUUAGCUGCAACAUGAGGACACAGAAAAAGAGGAGACAGAGAGGGGGGAAACUCACGGCGAUGCAGACAAAAGAUCAAAUAUUUAAAGCAGCCUUGUUCUCUAAUGAGGUAACCAAAGCGAUGUGCGACCUUAUUGCGUCUGAUCUUUCACACCCGAGGGGGGAGGUUUCUAUCGAGGUAGCACAUGUACGUGGCACCAUUUGAAGACUCUUAAACAGUUUGUGUUGUACAUAUUUACUGUAUGUGAAGAGUGUAUGUUUGCUUCCUUUUGUUUGUUUGACUCUGAGAGAGACAGAAGCAUGCGUGUCCCUCUGUUGGUCUGUCACGAGAGCAACAUUUGUCUCUGAGCACCUAGGCAUUGUACAGUAGCCACUAUGCUCACUGUUGGAAGCACUGCAACAACUCUUCAGUGGAUUUUUUAAGGCUUCAUGCCAUUCAGUGCACUCGAAUGGAGCACAAGUGGGCACGACACCAUCGUCCUCUCAGGAUAUGUAGCGCAUUGAUAAUGUCAGUCCACUAAUACUGACAAAACACUGUCAGUUUAGAAUGUCCGAGUCUGAGUAAAGCAGAUUUGUGCAGACAAAUAUUUAUUUACAAAGAGAGAGUGACUUUCACAUGUAGGCUUGUAAUUCCACCAAAAAUUGUAUGGCAAUGAAGAUAUUAAUCAUGUAUAUUUAAAGUACUUUACAGGACAAAUGUGCAAUGAUGUUAGAUUUCAGUUGACUCUGUGAAAGAAUAGAUUUAAACUGAGCCACGCUGAAGAAAUUUCACCCCUAACUGCUGUUUUUAUUCAUGUUGUUGUCAGAUAAUGUGAUGAGGCAUGUUAUAUGUUUAAAGCCCAUCACAAACGUAAGAAAGAAAGAAAUAAAAAUGAAAACACAUCAGAUUGGUAAUUUAAUGUGAUGCUUAUUUAUUCAUGAAUAUUUUGAGUAGCAUUUUCGAGUAGCAGUUCUGGAUUACUCAACAAGCAUAAUCAUUUUACGUUUUGGUUUAGAGUGAAUAUUGUUUUAGUUUCUUUUGUCUUUUAGAUUCUGUAGCUUUGAAGGUUAUUUCAGUUUAAAGAAUUUCAUGUAUUUCAUGAAUUUCAAGAAUUUUUAAAGAAUUUCAGUUAAAGAAUUUCAUUGAUUCAUGUUUCUAUUCUCUUAACUUUAUCAUUUCAUGAAUUCACACAAAAUGUUGACAAUCUGAAUGUGUUUUUUACUUCUUCAUACAAGUCUGAAGUCAUCAGUAUUACUGCAUUUAUGUACACUCGUGCUCAAUUAAGCACUGGUUGGAAUUAUAAUGCUGUGAGCUCUGUAACAUACACACUAGAUGGAGAAUGUGGCACUUUACUCACUGAGCAUAGUUUAGUUUAGUUCUCAUACAUUUAGCCAUAAAGGGGGUGCCAAGUGGCCCCUUAAAGUCAGAACACUGCAGUCAGACUGCUAUACUUCACUGAGUAAUUCAAAUUGGUCACAGUGCAAUGUCAUAUCACUGGUUAAUAAAGAAUGGAUUAUACGCUGAAAAAUUCUCACUAACACUGAUGUACUGAACUGCGUGGCUACCACUGUUUCCAUGUUAAUGAGACUUUCACAGAAGGAAGGUGUCUGUCAGGUUGGAAAUAUGAUGACAAUCGUAUUUUAUUUAACCUCUUUCCUCUUUCAGAUAUCAGGUAGCAAAAGCCCAUACUGUCUCACAGCGACACAGUCGAUUUUUUUUUUUUUUAAAUAGUAGAUAUCUUUCUCAGGUACAGUUUGUUACAUCUUACCACAUUUAAUCAAACUAAGCAUUAAAGAUGAAAUGUUAAAGGACAAACAUAAUGAUAUGGAAUAUGGCACAAGAAAAAUGAAAUUCAAAGCAGAGAAUUUUAAACCUAAGAACUGUGAAUUAAGAUUGAUUUGAUUGUUUAGGGCAGAAGACCAGCCAGCCAGCAUUAUAUUUGCUCACUUAACAUUUCAACUUUGAAAGAAAUGAAAUAAGUACAAAACAUGCAUGAAAUAUCUUCUAUCAUUCUGUACAUGUAACCAUUUAAGUGCUCUGCGUGAAUUCUUGUCAGGUCUAUCUGUUCUAACAUUCAUAAAAAGUAGUAUUAGAUUUCAUUGAAUGUUGUUUCAGGAGUUAGUUAUUAAAGGCACAUAUCCUAAAAAAAAAAAAAAAAAAACA